AAUAACCAUGUAAUCUCGAAGACACUCUCUUUCAGUUAUACACAAUGCGAUAAGGACAAACGCCUCAACGUGCGUGGAGUAACAAUAGCUCUAUGGUAUUUCAUAUCAAAAGGACAUCAGACCGUAGCGAUGCUACCGUACUGUUUCAAAACCUAUCCAGACAAGUCAUCGUCUUGGCCGGAGUUGAUGGCGCUUUUUAAGAUGAAUCUGAUUGAGUUUACACCUGGAUACGGUAGUGAGAAGUACACCGAAGUAAACCGAAUUCUGGCUAAUCGCGCCGCAGAUACUGGUGGCUGUAUUGUUGCACGCUCGCAAAUGCACAACAUUAUAGAAGAGAGACCGACACUGGAUCGAACCGACAUUGACAUAUUGCAGUCCACCCUAGAAUGUCCACUGUCUGAUCCUGAUUGGCCGCGAUGUUCAGCGCAGCAGAUGUCCACCCUAGAAUGUCCGCUGUCUGAUCCUGAUUGGCCGCGAUGUUCAGCGCAGCAGAUGGUACUUAGAGAUCAGCGGCAUUGGCUUACAAAGCUCUGUGCCCUUGUACCUGACCAAGUUGCUUGGCGUACUCUUCUACAUGCAGUGAUGACAUUCAAACCCUCGAUGCCCCUUCCCCCUGUAAAGCUGCCUCCGAGGUGUCUAACUCAUGCUCAUCGCCGGGUUUAUCCCCCAGAAACAAACCCUAUUGAUGGAAAGGGUUACAGCUAUGCGAGAGUAAGUACAGCCGCUCGCCGCGAACGAACCCUGUGGGAGGACGGCGAUUUAUCAGAGAAGUGCACAGACGAUAUGACAUUGAGUGAGCGUUGCCAUAAGAUUUUGGGAUCAGGUGACAGCGAGAAACACCUAGACGAUUUCCUUCCCGAAUAUCUCCGACCACCAAAGGAUCCCUUUGAAGAAGAGCCUCGAUUUGCCGAUUCAACUGCGUUACCAAAUUACUUGGGAAAUCCAAACUCCAUAUAUCGCCUACGUCCUCAUAAAAGCGGUUCACAUGGCAGUUCAGAAACUUCGACAGGAUCAAGCUCGUCAUCUAAUCAUUACAACGGCUACUUUAAAAGCUCUGCUACUUCUACGGAACAGGCUACGAAGGUGGAACAGUCGACUAAGAAUUCCGGAGAGAAGGAAACCAAAGAGAAGACAUUAGAUGAGAAAUCGCUCGAUCCGCUCAAUCCCGUUUACUCAACAGAAUAUGUUGGAUACUCCACCACGUCAGAUUGGCCUGCCGAAGCGGCUCUAACGAAUGAGGAAAAGUGUGCAAUAAAACUGUCACAAAUCUUUGGAUGGAGAAAAGCGAGUGUUGCUGUUCGCGUAGUCAAAAAUCACCCUAGGGUGCGUAUUGUUAGUCGCUUAGUUGAUUUCGCACUUGUGGAAGCAGAUGAGGACGAUGAUGAUAAACCAGGAGAGGAUGUUAUCAACUAUAUAGAUCUUGUCAAUAUGCUAAAAGGAACUGACUCCUCUGCACCUAACGCAACAGAGCUUGAUCAAGAAAACCUCAUCGACUUUUCAGACGACGUCUUAAUUUCCACAGCUAAUCCAACAACACUUAACACAACUGUGCCUGAUUCCACAAUACAUCAAACAUUGUCACUUCUUGAUAUGUAG